AUGGCCGCUCCGCAGGUGUCGGCAGCGUCGGCCGCUGGCGGCGACGUCGAUGGCUCAACAUCAUCUUCGAUUGCGCCCGCGACUGCUGCGCCGACGUCGACUUCCUCCGCCGCGAACGCGCCCUCAGCUGUUCCUGGCGGCGCGUCCUCCAAGUCCACCACCCCGCAACAUGACACCCCUCUCGCUCCUCCUGUUCGCGAUAAGGAGUCCUUUAACAGGAUGUUGGUCGAACGCUUCCAGACACGCGAUUGGCUUCACUCUGCUGCCAUCAAGGAAGCCCAGAUGCGCGCCGAAAGGGACACCAAAGACAUGCUCGCCCGCGCCAGCGACUACCGCACCUACAAAGAGUUUUACGCCAACUAUCCAUCUCGGCUCUACGGCGAGGGCUAUCGCGGCUAUGGCAAUGGCUUCACUGAAAACGGUUCUACCACCAAAAUCAUCUACCCGUCCCAGAAGCCGCGUCCGGGUCGGAGAGUAACGCCGCCUUUGAAGUUCAGUAAGAAGGACAUGAAGAAGCAGGCAGAACAGCACGAGGAGCUAGUUCCUGUCCGGAUUGAUGUCGAUUGGGAUCGGAUAAAACUGCGCGACACAUUUACCUUCAACCUGCACGAGCGCCUGGUUUCUGUCGAGCACUUCGCUUCACAGUUUGUCGAGGAUAUGGGCCUCAACCCCAUGGGCCAGGACAAGCCCGUUUAUGACCAAGUGGUGCAGCAAAUGCACGAGCAGCUCAACGACUUUUAUCCCUUUUGCUACACGGAAGAAGAUGCUCUUGACCCUGAACUUCCCUACUCCGCUUAUAAGAACGACGAGAUGCGCAUCUUGAUCAAGCUCAACAUAACCAUCGGCGCCCACACACUUGUCGAUCAGUUCGAAUGGGACAUCAACAACCCCCUCAAUUCUCCAGAGGAAUUCGCGGCAUCCAUGACCCGUGAUCUUUCCCUUUCUGGCGAGUUCACGACAGCAAUUGCCCACUGCAUUCGAGAACAAGCCCAGCUUUUCACCCGUAGUCUCUACAGCGUCGGUCAUCCCUUCGACGGUCGCCCCAUCGAAGAUCCCGAUCUCGUCGCCGCCUUCCUGCCGUCUCCCCUGCCUUCUGUUUUCAGACCUCAGCAACAGGCCAAAGACUAUGCUCCGUAUUUGUACGAGAACACAGAAGCCGAGCUGGAGAGAACCGAAACCAUGUUCUCCCGCGAACAGAGGAGACAGAAGCGGUCAAUUAACCGUCGUGGCGGUCCUUCGUUGCCGGAUCUGAAGGAGAGGCAGAGAACCAUUCGGACAUCUAUCGUGUCCUCGGUUCUGCCAGGCGCUGCCUUAACCAUCGAAGAGAGUCGCCUGUUUAAGCGCACAAUAGGCAGCAGUGGUGUCACUGGCAGAGGAAAGAGGACGGCUCGCGAUGGAGAUAUCUCGGAUUCCGAGGACGACGACGACUCCGCUCCCGACUCUCCGGCCAUGCAGCCCCAAGGGACGAGGACCAGAGGCCUUCGCGGCGCUGCUGCUACCGCCGCUCAGCGUAUGGCUAAUCUGGGCCGCUCCGAGACUCCAGAGGCGGUCAUUCACCACCACGAAACUAGGACAUCGCGCCGUCUUGGCCGCGAAGCUACUCGCGAACAGACAGAAGAGCCGUUACAGCAUAUCGUGACCUUGAAGGUUAGCCCAUCGAAGCUUCGGAAGCUUAUGCGCGAUCUCAGGAUGAGGCCAAUUAAUUCUUCGUCUGCUACGCCGACCGCUUCUCACCAACGAGCCCCGAGUACAGCAACACCAGCCCCUAUGGGCCCUCCGUCAACACCAUCUACAUCCAACCAACAACAGCAACAGCAGCAGCAACAGCAACAGCAACAACAACAACAACAACAACAACAACAACAGCAGCAGCAGCAGCAGCAGAACCAGUCCAAGCCGAAUUCCUCCUCGAAUCUUCAGAACCAAAUAGGCCGCGUUCCUGCUCCACCACCCUCUGGCCCCAAUGGCAACGCCCCCAAUCAACCACCGCCCCCGCCCCCAGAAUGGCUAGUCAAUGCACUCAACGAGCUCUCCAAGUCCUACCCGAAUGACUCCUUCGAGGCCAUCAUGCGCUACUGCGCCAUCGACACCGAGACCAAUACCGCCCUGCAGCUGCCGCUCAAGGGCUGGCCCGACGAGCCUAUCCCGCCUAACGUCCAGUUCUAUUGGCUUCCUCGCAUUCGCUGCCGCGACUGCCCCGGCAAAUCGUAUACUGCGGGCCCUGACACGACAGUUCAAAACUUCGAGGUGCACUUGACUUGGAAGGGCCACAGGGAGAAGGUUGCGGCCCGGUUGGCGAAGCAGCAGGCCGGCGGGCAGAGCGCCUCAGCAUAA